AUGAAAUUUAUAUAUCUCGUCAAUUGUUGUUUACAAUUACUCGGUAUCUUCAUUUUCCUUUUAGGAUUUUUCCCUCACAAAAAUGAUUCCACGGGGAUUGCCAAGAAUAACCCAUAUGCACCUCCGGCUGUAGUUGAUCGGGUUAUUUUUAUUGUCGUUGAUGCGUUUCGCUCCGAUUUUGCCUUUUCUGAAUCUUUUCACAUGCCGUUUCUGCAAUCCAUUGUCUUCAAUACCACCCAUGGCUUAGGUUUCUCAUCGUACGCUAGAUCCCCUACUGUUACAAUGCCUAGAUUGAAAGCUCUUACGACAGGAACCGUUCCCGGGUUUUUGGAUAUCUUGCUAAAUAUAGCAGAAUCGGAAGCCACCUCAAGUUUAACCGGCCAAGAUAGCUGGCUACACCAGCUAAACGUUCACGACAAAAAGAUUUCCUUCUAUGGAGAUGAUACAUGGCUUAAGCUUUUUCCUAAUGCCUUUACUAACUACGAAGGAACUACUAGCUUUUAUGUUGCUGAUUAUACAGAGGUUGAUAAUAAUGUUACUAGACACUUCGAUCAUUUGCUCCCUUCUUCAUUUGAUGCACUUUCCUGGAAUACUUUAAUUCUUCACUACCUUGGUGUAGAUCAUAUCGGCCAUUUUCAAGGCCCCUCUAGUCCUUUAAUGAAUACAAAAUUAAAGGAGCUAGAUCAGAUUGUUGCUUCUCUGUACCGUUACCUCGAAGAAUAUGACCGGCUUACCAAUAGUCAUUCUAUGAUUUUCUUGGUCGGUGAUCAUGGGAUGAAUGAGUUGGGAAAUCAUGGAGGCUCUUCAGUGGGUGAAACAACUGCCGCUCUUUCUAUGCUAUUUCCCUCUCUGGAUGUCUUCCAAAAGAAUUCACUUCACGAACCGCCUCCAGAAAAUCCGUAUCAACUUAUGACUAUGGUGGAGCAAGUUGAUAUCGUUCCUACAUUAUGCUUACUUUCAGGUAUUCCCAUACCGAAAAGUAGUGUUGGCCGUAUUGUUUCACCUGCUAUUCAGCUUUGGGAAUCGAAGGUUGAAGCGAAGAAUGCUCUACUAAGUAACCUGUAUCAAUUGCUAUCACUUAAGCAUUCUUUUGAAAAAACUUUCAAACUUGUAGCUGAAUAUCAACAUUUAAGUAACAAUGAAAUAUUGGAUGCUUUGCAGCAAAUACAGCAAGAACUCGUUGUCAAAUCGUCCGAUUACUCGUUAAGGAAAAUGGCUUUUGGAAUUACGAUACUAGGUUUAUGUACAAUUUUCAAUUUGUGUUUUACUCUUAUGGAGUACUCUGUUCUUGACAUAUUGCACUUUACGCCUUUCGUUGUUUUGACAAUUGUCUAUAUGUUUUCAAGCAGCUUUAUCGAAGAAGAACACGUUCUUUGGUAUUUCUCGUGUCUUUCGUUAAUUUUUUUUCAAGUUCUUGAUCAAGCCUCUCUAUCAACCACUGGUUAUCAAUUGUGCUUGCUCGGCAUUAUUAUUAGGUGGAAUCAAACAGGUCAGAAACAUGCCGAUCUUCGUGAUUUGGUCGAUGAUUAUAUAAUUCCAAGUCCUUUUCUUAAAAUUGUACUAUGUAUUGGUUCCAGCUUUAUACCCUCUUUUCGUUCACCGUCUCCAUUCUCAUUUCUUUCUUCUUUUUUGGUUGCAACGUACAAACUUUUGUCUGAUAAUUCUCUUCAAGUUCCUUUGCUUUCUUCAACUGAAUCAAUUGAUCAAGCAUCGGUUGCACAACUAAUUUGGUGCACUUUAAUUGCUGGUGCAUUAGCAUCACCACAUUUCAAGAAUAUUCGCUGUCAGCUAUCCCUAUUUCUCUUGCUGUUGACAAGGAUAGAAAAUAUGGGCCUUUAUGUAUUGUAUGAAUUAUUACAAAGGACAUUUCCAAAAGAAGGUAUCUACUCUUAUUUAUUAUAUUUUCUCAUGGAGCCGGUGGCCUUUUUCUCUCUGGGCAAUUCGAAUUCUUUGGCCUCCAUCGACUUAUCGCAAGGGUAUACUGGGAUUAAAUCUUACAGCAUUUAUUCAGUAGGAGUUUUAUUAUUUUGUUCUGUUUUUUCAGGACCAUUAUGGUGGAGCUUCCACCAGCCUAAGGAGUCCAUACAAAAAUGGCUCCGUCCCACUUUUUUCUUUUCAAGCUUUGCUUUAUUUAUUUUAUCUCUUUCCUGCUAUUUCUUUCGGCAUCACUUGUUUAUUUGGAGUGUAUUUUCCCCUAAACUCUUAUAUCAGGUUUCUUGGACAAUCAUGUACGGGCUCACUAAGUUUUUGCUUCAGAAUCUACUAGCAUCGUUGGGUUAG